CCACACUCACUCAGCAGCACAUAGCAUAGAGCCACACUGUCCUAUCUCAGCGUCUUACUAGGAUCCAAACCUCUAGUGGAACCUCGUCGGGUCGACCUUACGUCAAGCUCGUCAUCUUGCUCAAUUGUCGCCCAAUACUCUUCAGCAAGAUAUAUCACACAGUAGGCGUCACUUCAACUGAACUAUGAACACGAAUCAUGCAUGUCGUGUUCUGCGUAAACUGCUGACCAUGCUCCGAACCAUGGUGAUCAGGCUUUCCAGACAAACUCAACAUCCAUAUUAUAUUCUGCAGCGUAUACUCGGCAUUUUGACUUCCAGAUUUAUGCAUUCAAGUGCUGCACAUGCGAGUGGCGGUACUGGUUGUCAUAAACAUGAAUGCCGCGAGCAAUGCAGUGACGCUGAUACUUCAUCAGUACUGACCAUCCUCCCAAGCCUCUGCCACCCCUCCGAGUCUAGGCACUCAACAAGCCAGCACUCGGAACACACUCGCGCGGAUAACUCGCUUACCGAAGAAGUAGAGUCUAACUAUGUCUCUGUGUCCAUUGGCACUUCGCUGCAGGACAGUACCCCUCUAACUAUGAAGCCAAUGACCGCAAGUGACGUCCGACGUUAUAGCAAAAAGUCUCAAAUUCAUUGGCAGAGGACAGAUACAGAUUUCCAGAUCUCACCAGGCCAGAAAGAUUUUUCUGUGUUUCCGGAGAAGUUCGAAUCAGGCGAUAUUACUUGGAACUGUCAUAUCCAUCCGCACGGCACACUAUACUUCUCCAGCGAUUUGCUAACAUGGAAAGAUCCGGAUAUGGAGACAAACGAGAUUGAAAUCACGGUGUACACAGAUGCCGACGUACGCGAGCGGCCGAACUCUGAUGUGAUCGCUUCCUGUGUAAGAACGCUCCUUGAGCAAGCGCAACUCGCAGGUCACCUUGAAGGCACACUUAUGGAGCUCACUGUUGAUUUAUCCACGAACGACAGUGGGGAACUAGAAUGCCAAUACUAUUUUGUUGCACCUGAUCAGCGGAUUUUGUUUUGGGAGGCCCAUUUUGAGGCGAAGCAUUUGUUUUGCGGGGUCAAAUGCGUUACGAGCAGUCAUAUUAAAUAUGCCAUAGAGGCCGAGUAUUGGAUGCACCGGGAGUUAUAUCCGAGCGACUGCAAGAUAACUCCUGAACUUCACCGUGAACUGCAGGCAGUGAUCCUUCAUGCCUAUACCGAUACUAUCUUUUCAGAAAUAUCAUUGGCUCCUUUUGACACAGAUGAGCUCCAGCGAGCUCUGAACAUUGUUGAUUAUUUGAAUGGCAUCGUCAACAAAUCUGAUCCAACAACAAAUGAUGAACCCGAUUCGACCACAAAUGACCAAUACAUUUGGGCAUACGCUCGCCUAAUGCGAAUGUUCACUCGAGCCAGGCUUUCUAAUUUUUACGGUGAAAUAGGCACGAGGCUAGGUGAUCACACUAUUUAUGCCGACGACAAUUCUACCGAAAAAAGACCGAUAGUCAAGCUUUUCAACUUCUUCCUUUUUGGCUCUCCGUCUACCCAUAUUAGACAAAUCGACAGCGUCUGGGUUGACCAAUCUGUCAACCGCCCGCGCUGGAAAAUGUUCAUGAAUAGGUUGACGAGCGAGUGGAGUGGACUAGCAAUCUAUUCAACCGUCAUGUUGGCUGUAGACAUCAGUUUUCUCUCGAUGCCGGCGAUCGGUACACGACCAUCGGCACAAAUCGCAUUAUACAUCUCGUCGCUCUGGUCCGUAGCUUCGCUGGUCGUCUCUGCUCUUCUUGCUCAAAGCGGCGGGCACCGAGACAGCAUAAACCGAGCAACUGCAUUCAUGACGCGUAUAACUCAGUCCCUUCAUGGUAAAGAGAACCUUGCCAUCAUUUUCAGCUUACCAUAUGCCCUCGUUGUUUGGGGGAUGGUUUUCUUUUUCCUAGCGCUGUCGCUGGUGAUUUUUCUAUCUGCUAGUGUCACGACGUGGUGCACUGUAGGGCCAGCUUGGUUACUCGUCGUCGGGUUUAUUGGCUGGCCAGUAUGGGCAGCUAAAAUACCACCAAUUGGACGGUGGAUGUCCUCUUUGUGGAUAGGAAGUGAAAACACGAAACCAGUGGAGACUACAGAUGAAGCCUACUGAGAGAAAUAGUAUUGCUAGCUUGUCUCCGGGUUGCAAAUUGAUUUGAUUGUAGCUUGUUACUAGCUGCCAGCAGUAUAUUCUUGCAGUCUGGAAUCGAUACUAGCAUUUCAAACCUACACUUCACUGCUCGUCAUCGAGUUCGUUGGAACCCAUGUUCUUGCACCCUUGCAAAAUCCGUG